CGCCGGUCGGGGCGCGGCCUGCCUGCCUGCCUGCCGGCUGCCACGGAGGGCGCGGCCAGCGCGUGAGAGUCUCGUGGGUUUCGCCCCUCUGCGAUUCUUCGGCCUGCACCAGUCAAUCCCGUUUGCAAGAGUCAGAUCGGAAGAUGGCGGUGGUUUUGGCUUUGAGAAGCGAGUUAUGGGGUCGGGUAGUUCCCCGGGUGCUUCCUACGGCUGUGAGGCUCUUUAGCAAUGGAACACAAAUGCAUCAAGGUGACACAUCUCAAGCCGCUGCAUUUCCACCUCUUCAGAAAUUGAUGUUGCCACCUGAUGCUUUCCACGGGAAAGUGGCCUUUAUCACAGGUGGUGGUACUGGCCUUGGAAAAGGAAUGACAAGUGCUCUUUCUCAUUUGGGAGCAGAGUGUGUAAUAGCAAGUCGGAAACUUGAUGUAUUAAAAGAAACUGCAGAAGAAAUUUCUUCUAAAACAGGAAAUAAGGUUCAUGCAAUUCAGUGUGAUGUGAGAGAUCCAGAAUCUGUUAGCAAUGCUAUUUCUCAAUUAAUCAAUUUGGCUGGACAUCCUAGUGUUAUAAUCAAUAAUGCAGCUGGAAAUUUUAUCUCUCCCUCUGAACGCCUUUCUGCAAAUGCAUGGAAGACAAUCACUGAUAUUGUUCUUAAUGGCACAGCCUAUAUAACACUGGGAAUUGGGAAAGAGCUAAUAAAAGCACGAAAAGGAGCUGCAUUUCUAGCCAUUACAACAAUCUAUGCAGAAAGCGGAUCUGGGUUUGUGUCACCAAGUGCUUCUGCUAAAGCAGGUGUAGAAGCCCUGUGCAAGUCUCUUGCAGCUGAAUGGGGUAGAUAUGGCAUGAGAUUCAAUGUGAUUCAGCCAGGUCCAAUAAAGACAAAGGGAGCUUUCAGCCGUAUUGACCCAACAGGUGCAUUCGAGAAAAUCAUUCUCGAGAGAAUUCCUUGUGGCCGCCUGGGAACUAUAGAGGAGAUUGCAAAUCUUGCCACCUACCUCUGUAGUGAUUAUGCAAACUGGGUUAAUGGAGCAGUCAUUAGACUGGAUGGGGGUGAAUAUGUGUCUAUGGCUGGAGAAUUCAAUGAUCUACGUAAGGUUACCAGUGAACAAUGGAAUAUGAUAGAAGCAGCAAUCAGGAAAAUAAAAGGCUCAUAAAUCAUUUUUAGCAACUUUUAAUACCGAAAGCAUUAUUAAAACACACAAAUUUGUUUGUUAAUUUUAUUAAUGUGUUUAUUUGUUUAAUCUAUAAUUUUUGUUGCACAAUACAGUGUAAUUUUGUUUAGCAGUUCAUGUUAAGAAUGAGGCUUCCUGUUGUGCCUGAAUUCUGGUUUGAGUUGAGUAUGGGGCUCAUAGUGGGCAAGGCAUGUGCUCUGCUGCUGAGCUUCCAUAUCCUCACUGCUUCUCCAUCCUGCUUUGUCUUUAGGAGAAGAGAUACAGAAAAGAGCUAAUUCACUUUUCCUUGCUUCUGCUUUUCAGGCUGGUGCCAAAUCUUUUUUCUUCUUUUACUAUUUCUAUCAUAGAAGUAUCAUCCCAAUACACAGAUCUAUGGAUGCAUCAUACAGAAAGCUGUGCUGUUCUGUAGAACACAGGCUGGGUGUUAGGAUGGGGAGUGGCCCAAGAAAUAUAACUUGACUUUAGAAGCAGAACUAAAAUUCACUUGAGAAACACUACUGCAAUCUACACAUUUUCUUAAAAUGGCCACUAGGUGGCACCCUAACACUCUCUCUCUGUCUCUCAGCAGUCUAGUUAUGGAAGGUGUUAAACAAUUUGUGUGACUCAGUUUCCCUAACUUAAAACCAACAUGAAAGCUUAAUAGGUGAAACAAAAUGAAUGCAGUUAAUUCUAGAUUCUGUCCUGAGUUGGAACUGGUUUGAUUCUGGGCUACUGAAAAUUUGAUGAAAAUGUCUUUGAAUUGAAGAUUGUGAAUUGUGACAGAAACAAAAGGGAACACCUUAAUGUGCUGGCCCAUUCACUAGAUGUAAGAGAGGACCACUUUGAGAAGGGGUAUUAAGUUAGGCCAUCUGUACUUUGUGACCUUACCAAAGAGCACUCAGCAAGUCCCUUUGCUGGAGCAUCUGUGUUGGGAGGUGGGGAGCAAUUUGUACCGGACUGAAACCAAUUUGGAGCCUGGACUGGCCCCUGAGAACUGCAGUUGCUAAUGGCUGCUUUAAUGGACCUUUUUCUGGUUCCAGCCCUUCCAAUGCAGCAUGACCAAGGCUGCAGCUAUGCAAGUAGGAGAAGGCUCGCUUCUCACAGACCCUCACUAAUUGUAAGGGAUAGAAUAGGAACUUCAGUCCAGUGAAGGUGAUCGCAGACAAAACUGUGCUUCUAGUCUGCACACCAGGACUGCCAGGCCUGUUUAAUCCCUGCGCCUUCAGUGUCCUUGAGUACACAAUUUAUUUUCUUCUAGUUAGGUGAACGUUCUAUAUUGGCUCACAUGAGGAAAUCCAAAAGUAUUGUGCUUGGUGUCUGUGCAGGGGGCAGACAUGGAAUCCAUCCCCUCUCCUGCCACUAGAUAGCCUGGCUUCCCCAGCAGAGUUUCCACUGGGAUGCAAGGUAUUGCUUUUUUCCAGGCUGCACUCUGAAUUGAGUCUAUUCUUGGUGUGGCGAUUUCUGCUGUUAUGAAAUGAGUCGGAACCCUCUGCUGAGCACUAUUUAUGAUUUGUGUCCCUGCACUUUAAUGUGUGAGCAUAAAAUAUAGUCAAAUGAAAUGAUAAUUGAUCUGCAUUGGCCUAAUUUCCAAAAUUCACAGCACUGGGUUGCUCCAUUUGAUAUCUAGCCACACAGCAACUGUGAAAAUUGGGGCACUUAUAUUUAGGCGUGUCAUUAUGGAUUCCUUCCUGAGUAACAUUUCAGUUACUCGUGAUUGAUUGUUUUGUUCAACAUGAAUAUAAAUGUCAACCUACAUUUGCUAAACAGUCAACUUUUAAUGAUUUAAUAAGAUCAUGAUGAUAAACUUUUAAAAAUAGAGCAAAUGAUUAAAAUGCAAAAUAAAUUUCGCAUAAAAACAUCAA